AUGGCGGAACCCACUGGCGCAGACCGUGACGCCGUCAUUUCUCAGUUCUGCGAUAUAACCGGGACUACACCCGCUCGGGCGGAGGCCGUUCUAUCAACAGCUGAAUGGGACGUUGAAACGGCCAUCUCACUGUUCUACUCUAUGGCGGACGACGAACGGCCAUAUGAGGAACCAAUACCCGGGCCGGAGGCAGAUCUAUCCCGACCCGUGCCCGAUCCCAGCAGAGGCCGUACACUGGCUGGAGGUUCAGGCCCUUCCGCUUCGAGCUCAUCGGCAAGCCAACCAUCGGCAGCGCGCAACAAGCCGCAGGGUGGUCUUCGGACACUGAAGGAUCUGCAGAACGAUGCAGGCGGCCAUGGACACGCCCACAACGAUGAUGACGAUGAUGAUGACAAUGACCAGGAUUUCUUCACCGGCGGCGAGAAAUCCGGCCUCGCCGUGCACAACCCAAAAACACCAAAGGAACACAUGGACAGGAUCGUGAAGAAGGCGAGAGAACAGAUGGAUAAUCCAUCCCCUGAGAGCGAUGACGAAGCACCAGUAUCUCGCUUCCGUGGAGCCGGCCAGACACUCGGCGGCGACGACACUCCUAGCCACUUAAUUCCAGAUCCCGAGGCCGACCGACCGCGCUUCAGAGAACGCGCUCACCGUACCCUGAACUUGUGGAGAGACGGCUUCUCGGUGGACGACGGACCUCUCUACCGCUUCGACGACCCGGCCAAUGCGGAGGCCCUCGCCAUGAUCCACCAGGGCAGGGCACCUCUGUCGCUGCUGAACGUCGAAGAGGGACAGCCAGUGGAGCUCAUAGUUCACCCCCACACAGAUCAGGACUAUGUCCCGCCGAAGAGGAAGUACAAGCCUUUCUCAGGCUCAGGACAGCGUCUGGGCAGCCCCGUUCCAGGAGCCUCCUCGAGCGCGGCAUCCGGCAGCGGCAGCAGAACAGCGCCAGCCGCUCCUACAUCUGCAGGGCCGGCGGCGCCUCCCUCGGUCAACGUCAACGACUCUCAGCCAGUCGUGACGCUCCAGAUCCGGCUGGGCGACGGCACCCAGCUGCGGUCCCGCUUCAACACCAGCCACACCGUCGGCGACGUCUACAGGUUCGUUGAUGCGGCUAGUCCGGCGAGUAUGCAGCGUGCGUACGACUUGAUGACAACCUUUCCGAAUAAGGUGCUUGGCGAUAGGGGCGCGGUAUUGGCCGAUGUGCCUGAGCUCAAGCGCGGCGGCGUUGUGGUUCAGAAGUGGCAGUAG